UGCGGGGGCGUCACGGACAGCAGCAGCGGACUUGGGCUGAGGUUCCCCGGCGGGCGGGCGCGGAGAGACGCGGGAAGCAGGGGCUGGGCGGGGGUCGCGGCGCCGCAGCCAGCGCAGCCAACCCGAGGGGCCGCCGCCGCCGCCCAGCGCGCUCCUGGGCCGCCGGCCGCCGCCAGCACCCGCCGCGCCGCAGCUCCGGGACCGGCCCCGGCCGCCGUCGCCGCGAUGGGCAACGCCGCAGCCGCCAAGAAGGGCAGCGAGCAGGAGAGCGUGAAAGAGUUCUUAGCCAAAGCCAAAGAAGAUUUUCUUAAAAAAUGGGAAAAUCCUGCUCAGAAUACAGCCCAUUUGGAUCAGUUUGAACGAAUCAAGACCCUCGGCACAGGCUCCUUUGGGCGGGUGAUGCUGGUGAAGCACAAGGAGACCGGGAACCACUUUGCCAUGAAGAUCCUUGACAAACAGAAGGUGGUGAAGCUGAAACAGAUCGAGCACACCCUGAAUGAGAAGCGUAUCCUGCAGGCGGUCAACUUCCCGUUCCUCGUCAAACUCGAGUUCUCCUUCAAGGACAACUCGAAUUUAUACAUGGUCAUGGAGUAUGUGCCUGGCGGGGAGAUGUUCUCGCACCUGCGGCGGAUCGGAAGGUUCAGUGAACCGCAUGCCCGCUUCUACGCGGCCCAGAUCGUCCUGACCUUCGAGUACCUGCACUCACUUGACCUCAUCUAUCGGGACCUGAAGCCGGAGAACCUCCUCAUUGACCAGCAGGGCUACAUCCAGGUGACAGACUUCGGUUUCGCCAAGCGUGUAAAAGGCCGCACCUGGACCUUAUGCGGGACCCCUGAGUACUUGGCCCCGGAGAUCAUCUUGAGCAAAGGCUACAACAAGGCUGUGGACUGGUGGGCCCUAGGGGUUCUCAUCUACGAGAUGGCCGCUGGCUACCCACCCUUCUUCGCUGACCAGCCCAUCCAGAUCUAUGAGAAGAUUGUCUCUGGGAAGGUGCGGUUCCCAUCCCACUUCAGCUCUGACCUGAAGGAUCUGCUGCGGAACCUGCUGCAGGUGGACCUCACCAAACGCUUUGGGAACCUCAAGAAUGGGGUUAACGAUAUCAAGAACCACAAGUGGUUUGCCACAACUGACUGGAUCGCCAUCUACCAGAGGAAGGUGGAAGCUCCCUUCAUACCAAAGUUUAAAGGCCCUGGGGACACGAGUAAUUUUGACGACUAUGAGGAGGAAGAGAUCCGAGUCUCCAUCAAUGAGAAGUGUGGCAAGGAGUUUACUGAGUUUUAGGGGUGUGCCUGUGCCCCCAUGGGUUUUCUUUCUUUCUCUCUUUUUUUUUUUUUUUUUUU